AUGCAACAAAAGGAGCUAGCACAACGACAGGCUAGGCUAGGCCCAGAGCACCCUGAUACAGGGAAUUACAGAGAGGCCGAGCGGAUGCACCGUCAGAUACUCACGAUCCUAGAAAAACGCUUGGGUGGUGAGCAUACCGCCACGCUCACGAGUAUGUUCAACCUCGCACUUGCGCUCGAAAGCCAGGGGAUCAAUGUUGAGGCAGAACGCAUACACCGCCAAGUCCUUCAGCACCGAGAAAAGAUACUAGGCAAGGAACAUCCGGACUCAUUUGCUAGCAUGAAUGAACUCGCCCUUGCGUUCUACAACCUGGGGAAAUACGGAGAAGCGGAACAGCUGCAUCGACACGUCUUGCAGCAACGAGAGAAAAUACUUGGCGAAGAGCACACUGAUACGCUCACUAGUAUGAAUAACCUUGCACUUGUUUUCGAGAGCCUGAACAAGUACACUGAAGCUGAAGAGUUACACCUGCGAACUCUUCGAUUGCGACAUCGCAUAUUCGGCGAAGAACAUCCAAAGACACUCACCACCAUGAGCAACCUCGCCGUCCUACUCGAUAGCCGUGGAAGUCACGAAAAUGCGAUGCAGCUCAACCAGGAAAUUUUGGCGGCUCGCAAAAAAGUGCUGGGCGAAACCCAUCCUGACACACUCAUAAGCAUGAAUAAUCUCGCAAUCGCACUCGAUAACCUCGGGGAAUACCAUCAAGCGGCACGGUUACUGGAAGACACUGUCGCGCUACGAGCAAGGGUGCUAGGGAUGCAUCAUCCUGACACUGUCGAGAGCAGAAAUACCCUUGUUGCUGUGCUUGAGAGACUGAGGGGGAAGGAAAUCGGUUUUUGA